UCAUAUUUAGCCUCGAUUCCAUAAUCGAAUGUUGAUCCGAUUACUAUUUUUUGAAAAACUACACUUUUCACAACUCGACCUCAGAAUUUUGUUUUUUCUUCUUUUUUUCUAAGAGUCGAGUACGGGCGAGUCUGAAGUUCAAACCCAAACAAACUGUUACAUGUACGCCAUUUUCCUUCCAGUAAUCAGUGCAACUGACCUGACCUCUUAGAAACUGAGGUCAGUGUAUGUGCGGUGAUUGGUGGAUUUCGAUCCCCGGCCUUUGUCAGUUUCUUUGCGUUUGCGGUCUGUCUAUUCAAGCUGUUAUUUUGAUUAAAGGCAAUUAAAAACGCAAUCGUUAACGGCAGGAAAAGGGAAGCAAAUACAACUGAACACAACAGACAAGAAUAAAGAAGUGGUAGAUUUUGUUCAUAAUCAAAUCAACAUUUAAUUAUUGAAUCGAGGUCUAAUUUGACCGUUGGAUUAUUCAUUUUAUGAAUGGAUUAUUGAAUCAACAAACGAAAUCAUUUUUCCAUUAAUGAAUUCAUUAGUUUGCUGGCGACGGGAACGCUUGACCUGGUUUGACUGUAAAUAAUGAAAAGAAUCGGGCUGUUGAACAGGAGAGUGAAAUUUAUGACGAUUUGCUUGUUGUUUUUGAUCGCAUCAUCGAAGUUCUGCUUCCUUUUUUCAACAUUUGAUGUAUUCACUUCUUUCAAAGUUAUCUACGCUUUCAAACUACAGAAUUCGUGGAACGACCCAUUCCGAAAACGCUCGACAUAUUUCAGUGUGGGUCUACAACGAAUGGUGUGAGGAUUUGUAAGCGACAUCACCGUAUAAUCCAUCAAUCUUUCCAAAUUUUUCUUCUCAAAACAUAACAUUCUGACAAUUAUACGUUGUUUUUCGAAGCGUGCAGAUGAGAAAAUCGUGUCGUUUUCCAUCCCCAGAUUCUGCGUUACCAUGACCCGCAACACGUGUUUACAAAACUAUUCUUUCUGUCACGUUCAGCUGUGUUUGAUUUUUUGCAUGUGAAGUUCAGAACCAAAUUACCAUAAGAUCAAAUUUAAAAAUAGCUCUCUAGAGAGUAGCCUCCCACGCAGCCGUUUUUAGAGCUCGUAUUUUUUCCCUCCCCACAAACGCCUGCUCAGCCGAGGACAACAUCCUUUCUUAUUGUUAUACUCGCGUGGUAAGUGACCAAUCAACAGUUUUGAAAUAAAGUGUUGACAGGCUAAACACGACUCAUAAGCUUUGUGAAAGUGUAAAAACGUGACCCUAGGGUUACCUUUUUUCUUCUUUUCUUUCCUUCGCUAAGGUCAUGCAGUGCACGGAGAAUUCUAAAAUCUGACUGAGUAAAUCUUACUUUUGCCGCUCUGAGUCUAACAUUUAUUAGAGAUCAUGAAGGUUUCUCAAAGUUUCAUGCAGAUCGCGUAGUUAUCAGGUUACCCUGCAGUCAAGGUCAACUUUCCAGAAUUUGGAAAGUACAACGUGAUUGUCUAAGCGUUGGAAAGGAAUGUUGUCUUCGGUUGAGCAGGCGUUUGUGGGGAGGGAGGAAAUACGAGCUUCCGUAAAAACGCCUGCAUGGGAGGCUAUCAAGAGAGAGCACGUGUUUACAGUUCUUACUUUUUGUUAUGUCUGUUUUGCACUUGCCAUCUUAUCGGCUUGCCGCGUCAUAUAAUCAUGAAACGUAACCUGUUUUGUCGAAAAAGAUAAAGUGUGAUUUCUUGCAUGGAAGUAAAAAUUUUGUUAUAGCACUAAAACGUGAUAAACGUUGAGCGUUAUUCCAGUCAUCGCCGAAGAUAAACCGCAUGCUCAUCACGAGAUUCAUUUACAUACAAUAAAAGUCGUCACGAUUCUUAUCCCCAGUUUCCACGGUCUCCGCUAGGAACGCGUGGCCUACAAACUAGGUCCCACCGACGAAAAAAAAGGAACGCCUGCAUUUUUAGAGUCUCGCUCUGCUAAAGCAAGCUCGACUAAAUAGCAAAUCAUUAUCUCUGUUAAAAAACAUUAAACACGCUCGUCAAAUCAGCUUAAAAUCGAUAGAUUUCUAGCGAGAUUUGUGCUGAAAAUUUCCAUGAAAUUGGCUGUUUUGUACCGAUUGUUUUUCGGCAACUUAGCCCCGCAGACGUUCUUAGGGGUUCGUCACGCGUUCCUGCCCCACGAAAAAACUACUCAGUUAACUCACAUGCAAGCGUUUGUACUAGCGGCUACCCGCACAAUCCCAUUGAAAAAAAAAAAGUACCUCAGAGGUUAAAUUUGCUGAACGGAAGUCGGCUUUACUACAAAACAAUAACGUGUGAAAAAAAAUUCUGCCUUUUGUUCAGUCUUGCAAGGUAAGCCCGCCGUUGCAUCACCCAAAGAACAACUUUAUGAGCAAAUGACAUCUAAUCCAGCCUUUACAGAGAGAAAUAUACAUAAACCCAACGCUUAUCUCCUAGAUUCUCGUCCGGAGCAAAAAUCUUUGGUCACGUAUCGCACUCUACGGAGCUUGUACGUAUGUGUUUGGCUUGUCAACACUUUGAAUUCAACAGCGCCGACUGGAUCUCCGACAAUCUGCAUGUGAUCACCAGCCGAUAUUUGCGAACAAUGGGAAAGAAAUUUAUCCUUAGGUUCAGCAGACGUUCGUGGGGCAGGAACGCGUUUUGAACCCCUAAGAACGUCUGCAUGGGAGGUUACCAAAGUGGUGACUAAACCAGAAUUUUUAGUGGCCAAGGAGAAAAUAUUAGUCGCAUUGGCGACAGUUUCAGUCGCAAUUUCGAGCCCUGUUUGCCAUAAUCAAAAGUGGGCUGUCAUUAAGAUGUGGGGGACGGGGAUUUCCCCUGGGUACUUUCAUAGGAAAAGAGUAGAAAAAUAGAACCAAAAGAAAUCCCUAGCUGUUUGAUUCGCCCCUACUUGUUGAUUUUACCCGGAAACUUGAAAUCUUAGUGACAACCCUAGUUAAGAAUCUUGACUUUGUUAUUUUUUGCAGGCUACAUUGGAGUGGUAAACCGAAGUCAAGCUGACAUUGAUGGAAGAAAAGACAUCAGAUCGGCUUUAGCUUCUGAACGUAAAUUUUUCCUCAGUCAUCCUUCAUACAGGUUAGAGACUGAAUUGAAAUCAAAGUUCCAGAAAAGUUUAUGGCUAUUGGUUUGCAUAACUGACUUAUCCCGUUGGUACUGAUUCUUUUGGUAGAUACACUGUAGGGCUAUCCAACUUUUGAGCAACUUGGGCCUGAGGCCUAUUAGUAACACUGUGGUUGUUUGUGAUUGGUGUGUUAUGAAUCUCACUCAUGGCUGGUGGCAUCUGUCUUAAUCCAAAGUUCGAUGAUGGAUGUUGUGUUGUCUGAUCCACGCUUCUGGAAUCUAAAUUCCACUUCUAUCUCUAUCAAUGUUUACUAGGGUGAGGUCUUAUGUGGAUUAAGCCUCAGUGUCUAAGUUUUUUUUUUUUCUCAGAGAUACAUGUAGGGAUUUAUUUCCUAUAGGUCUAUGUGGUUUCAUAGUAGUGUUCUAGUCCUCACUUGCUGCAUUUUUAGGAUCUGAAAUUGGCAUUCUGUGCUUGCUAAAUUGCAGCAAAUCCCAAAUAGAUUGAACAAAGUGAUUGAUAGACUAAUAUGGUCUGUUGUUAGUCAAGUAUAUAUUACAGGUCAGAAUUUAAUUCAGGUUAAUGUUUUUUCAACCUAGGUUGAUUCACAGUUUCCUUUGUCCCCUGCCCUGAUUAUUCAUAAAUUAGGGCUCGGAAACAAAGGAAUUUGAGAAUCAACCUAGGUUAAAAAAUUGCAACCUGAAUUUGAUUUUUACCUAGAACAAGUACAUGUAUAGUAUAUAUGUUGCAAAUUUUCUCUUCUUCAUUGUCGGUAAUCAUAUCAGGCAUUUUGCAGACAAAAUGGGGACUUCUUAUUUACAAAAGAUCCUUAACCAGGUAAGAUGCAAGAUAAAAUAGGCAUGUUAGAGUAUGAGAAAAGGGCGUCACCCCCAUCCAUUUCCCCCACUUUCCUUUCUUCCCACCUGAACUCCCCACUGCUUAGGUGCACAUGACUGGGUUACCAGACUUUGUUAAUAUGAUUGUAGAGUAGCUUACAUGUAUGUGAUCAGGGCUCAAACCUUGAACUGAGCUUGUCCAAGCAGCUCUAACAUUUUGCUUGGCAAGGACCAUUGAAUGCAUGUCUUGGAGGGUUUACCAUUUGUCAGAACUGGCUGGCCAGACCAGUCUAGUCAUUUAAAGAAUUCCACUGUUAUGACUAUGUAGCCUGCAGAUUAGUUAAUAUCCUAAAAUUAAUGUUACGUCUAUGCACAGCAGUGAUGGGUUUUAGUUAAAAUGACCAGUCCGGCCAGCCAGUUUUGGCUUCGAAAUCGCCCAAAUAGUUACAGAUCUAAUUUCAAGGUGACAUUCGUAGACCCUCAUUACCCAUUGGAAAAGUGAGCUACGUGUAAAAGUUGCGGCAGCACUAAAAGACGGAAUCCGGAAUCCGGAAACGGAAACGGAAUCACGGAAACGGAAACGGAAUACGGAAUCUGUGAAAGAGAUUCCAAGCGAUCGAUUUGAAAAAAAAUAUAUUAGCAAUGACAAUAAAAUAAAUAAACAGAUAAAAAAAGACACAAAUGAAUAAAUUAGCUGAGUAGAGGAGAGGAGACUGCUGUAUCACUAGAGGAGUCGAUUCCGGUGAAAAGACGCUUGAUACCACUAUCGGCAAUGAAUGCAAAUUCUCAUGGGACAGCAAAGCGAGGAGAAAAACGUUACUGACAAAAACUAGUGCCUUAAGAAAAAGGUAAGUUAUAUGGAGACAGACUUUGUUUGAAUCGUCAGAGGCGUCGUUUAUAUAACUGAAAGUCGUCGCCGUCAAGUUUUUCUUAGUGUCUUUUCUGGGUUGUCUUCAACAGUGUUCAGUUUUAUUUAUCAAGACAACUUACUCAAGAGAACCAUGGCAUUGUGGAUUCCAAAGAGAAGAGAGAAUUGUGCAUGCAUUUGCUUGAUUCCGCAACCGAUUACAUCAAAAUAAUACGCCAUGUUUAAUAAGCCUCUUCAACAAAAAUACGGACGUCCACGUAAACUCAAUUACCGGUACACCAGUAUUCCAUCAGUAUCCAGCUUGGCGAAAAAGUUGAACUUAUUGCUAAAACACCGGAGCUGUGGUCACGUGACCGGUCGGUCAUGUGUGGAGUAUUCAGUCUGGGAACUAUCACGUGGUGUGGUCUGAGGCUAACUACUACGAAUCUUGACAAUUAGCUCCAAAAGUAAUAUUUAACUGUAUUAUUCAACCCAUGAACUCGUGAAUAAAAAUUACUCGUAAAAUUACUUUCAUCCGCUUUGCAGUGCAGUAACCCACACUACGGCAAACCUUAUCAAGACACAAUAACAAGAAUAUAUUUAAGGGAACUGCUAAGAAAACUAAGACAAAUUCUCUUUGGAUUGUACUUAGUUGUGUAAUGUGAAAUUCUUUAAUUUUCUAUAAUUGAUAUUUGAUUCCGUAUUCCGUUUCCGUUUCUGUUUCUGAUUCCGUUUCCGUUUCCGUGAUUCCGUUUCGUUUCCGGAUUCCGGAUUCCGUGUUUUAGUGCUGCCCUAAAAGUUGCAUGCCCAGCAGGAAAAUUUACAUUGUACAUGCCCCUUGCUACUGGAUGGGACCUUUUUUUGGGCCCUGAUUGUAAGAAGCCCCUGGAUGCCUAAGGCAUCCAUCCUGAUCCACUAUUUUGUUGUUCAUUUUUCAGCAAUUGACUAAUCACAUCAGAGAAACAUUGCCAGCUCUCCGAAGCAGAUUAGAAGAGAACAUCAUGGCACUCGAGAAGGAGGUUAAAGGAUUUGAACACUACAACCCUGAUGACCCAUCCAUAAAGACCAAAGCCUUGAUGCAGUGAGUAGCAUGCAAGAGUUCUUAAUUAUAACAAAUGAAAUGGGGUGAGGACAAAACAUGGACCAGGGGUCCAUGGACCCCCUUUCAUGGACCGGGUCCAUGGACACUUUUUCUUAAUUAAUGAGAAUUGAACAAAAACAGAAGUAGAGCAAAAAUAAGAUUUGACAAGAUGCUGUUCACAAAUAUUUAGUUGUGCUUACGUAGCUCUGCUUGCACAUGUACAGUCGACGAAGAAGAAGACUGUUAAGCCAACGCGCUCCCGUACAAAGACUCGCAUUAUGAACAAGCUGAAGUUUAGAAUUGCUUUUAGAGCAAUCGUGACUGAGUCACAUCGCAAUUGUCCAUAGUUGAUGUAGCUGACUUCAGUUUAAGCUACAAUCCACUUCUUCGAUAUUCGGAUCUGUAAAUCACUAUCCAUGAGAAUUAAUCAUCCUGCUAAAAACGCUAACAAGCUGGGCCCAGCGUGACCAAACAUUGACCUCUCAGCAUGAAAUACACCGUCUGAAACCUUUAUUAAGCGGACACCUCUAUUUAGCGGACGCGGACACCUAAAAAGUACCUGAAAUGGUCAUUUCUAUUGUUGCCAACCUGUAUUAAACAGACAAUAAUAAUUAAAUUCCACCACCCAACAUGCCAGACACCGGAAAUGCAAAAGAUUGCCUCGAAUUGCCACCCACAAAUUUUUCGAUUUUUACAUUAAAAAACGUGACUUGAUUAGUUUCACGGUACAGUAUUGUUUUCUGUUUCGUUUUGUUUGUAUAGAGCUUGUUUCUCUCACCUGAUUUCUUCAAAUUUGAGUUGCAAUCUGUGUUUAUGGUACUAUGAUCAAUUGGACCACUUUGAUAAAGAAAUUAAUGCAAACCUAUAUCAUCGUAGUCUCUCGGGGAGUAUUCUGAACGUUUCCAUUGUUCAUUUGAAUGGCAUUUGACACCUCACAUGGCAUUAUCUAUCGAAACCUGCGUGUUAGGCGGACAUCCUGUAUUAAGCGGACACUACAGCAUUCCCCGAGGGUGUCCGCUUAAUACAGGUUUCACUGUAAGCAGUAAAAAAUUGACAUUUGCUCAGUCAAAACGUUUUCCUCCAAAGCAUAAUCCACCCAUCAGAGGAAACAAUUCAUAAGAACAAGCAGCAUUUUGGCAUGAGGUAAAAGUCGUGCAUUGAAUAAUACUGAUCAAUCGAGUAUUGUUUGUUGUUGUUGUUGUUGUUUUUAACCUUAUUUUUGCUCUAUUUCUGUUUUUGUUCAUUUCUCAUUAUUUUAAAAAACUGUCCAUGGACCAGGUCCAUGACAGGGGGUCCAUGGACCCGGUCCAUGAAAGUGGUUCAUGGACCCGGUCCAAGGUGGGGGUCCAAUGGACCCCUGGUCCAUGUUUUGUCCUCACCCAAUGAAAUGACCUUAGAUAAUGCAAUUGAUUUGCCUUAUACUUAUCCACUGGAUAGAGAUUUAUCCGAUGGAUACCAUUGUCCAGCUUUUGAACAUUUGGCACCAGAAGUGUAUUUAGAUUUUCCUUCCAACCUGAUUGGCAAAUUGACAAUUACUUUUUUCAACAGACCAGUCGUGGUCUGACUUGAAUCUUGGCCCACAGGUGGGGACCCAGAACAAGGAUUUUGGUGCUGUUUUGCAGAUGGACUUUAACAAGAGUUAAGUUUCUUCUUUGGUGCAGGCUCAAUUUUUUUCUUUUGUAGUAAAUUGGUCUUGUGAGAAAAAGUAAAAAAUUAAUGACAUGUGGAGCUGCUCACAAGUCUUUGACUAAAUUGUUUUAUACCAAAGCGGCCAUCAACUUGAAAAUUACUAUUCCUUGCACACGUCUGAGUACAGAUGUACAGCUGUAUGGGAAUUUUCCCUGACCACGGUUAGAAACCAUCUUGGAUACGAGCAACUGAAGAAUGAAUAUAGAAAGCACAAAUUUAAUAAUACUGAUGUUUUCUUGAAAGAGUUAAGGUGCUACAUGUAUGUUCUUUCUUCACCCUUCCAGGGUGUCCAGUUCUAAUUUUUCCUAUUUUUAGACUAAAACCUCCUAUUUUUCCUAUUUUUUAGCUGGUGAAGCCAAAAUUUGUAGCAAAAUUGAAAAUGGAAUUAUAGGUGUAUGUGUUUUUGAGUGAGAUUUAUCAAAAAGCAAGUAGUAUGUUUGAUGUUCUAAUAUUAGUAAAAAUAAUAGUUACAUUUGUUCUUUGCAUGACCGCUAUUGCCUAUUAGAGUUAUAUUAACAACUUUUUUAUAUUCUCACUUUUUGUAUAAUUUUCUAGUGUACUUACAUGUAUUGUAUGUAGUGUUUUAGUUCUCAUGACUAUUGAAUAAUAUUGUGCAUAAUAAAGCCCACUGAAACUGCAUUUCAGUAUCGGUACUUUGAAGUCUUGCUCGCUUUUAUGUUCAUCUUUGAAACUGAAAACAGGAUCAAGUUGUCCUCUUACAACACAGGCCAGAUAAAUCAUCUAAUCAGCUUCUUGUUUAAAAAACCAAUCACUCCUGAUUCUGGAAGCUACAUUCAAGGAACAAACUAAAGUUUAGUUUAUAGCACUACUUCUCUUGGUGAGCCCUUGUUAACAGCUAUACCUAAGCAACUGAUAAAGGAUCCAAUACUUUGGUUGCAAAACCAGUCUUGCAGUCAUAGCUAUUAAGAAGAGUGUUAUGUUCUUCUUAGAACUUAACCAUGACACUCUUCAGGGGCAUUCAACGAGAAUAUAGUUCAAAACCACUUAAACAUAGAAUUGUUAAACGUAUUUUAGUAUUUAAAUGGUAGACAUAGGCAUAUCUUUAUCCCCUAAAAAUUUUUCAUCUGUUCGGAUUUCCUAGCUGAAAGUCCAGUGAUCCGAAAACUAUAGGGAUCAAAACUUACCUUUUCAAAAAUUUCAACCAGAAAAAAGGCUCCCGAAAAUUCUAGAUGACCUUUUUAGGGAAAAAAAAAAACAUUAAAAAUGGGCAAUUAUACCAUGUUAUAGAUGUUCGAAAAUCCUAGGAGAGGCAGGCAAUCACGAAAUUUUACAACAAUCGUAACGAAAAUUCUACAUCUCAAAUCGUCUUCCGAACAGAUAUUUUCCGAAAAUUGACGUUGGGUGCCCCUGACUCUUAAAUCUUGUACCAAACAGAUCGGUGUCAGUGGAAAGCCAGGUUCCGUACUUAAAAUUUUGUAGUGGUCUUUUGACUCAAACAAGCAUAUUCUCAACCAGCUACCGACUGCAGAUUGAUAGGAAAACUUUUCAUAGGACUUUUUUUAAGUCCUAGUUCAAUAUCCUUCAAUGACAAAUCAAUCGUAAGAAAUUUUUACCUUAAGAAAAUUCACUCUUCAAAGCUUUUCAAAGAUUUGUCGCCAACUUGAAGGGAAUUUGCAUUUGAUCACCUUUGAUUAUAGAACUAAGCUCGACCUGUGUCAAGCAUAUCAUUCUGAUUACAGCGUAACUGGAUCAAUAAACGAAACUUUACUAAUCAUUUCCACUCCUUCUUAGCCACAAAAAGUGAUCUAAAUCCUGUGAACGUAGAAGCUGAGGACUCCUAGCCUUUAUUAUAACCCUGAUGGGGUGAAGGGAGGCUAUCUUCGUCGACAAAAGUACUAUUGAUUUUUCCUAUUUUUCUCCUAUUUUUUAAUACAAAGUUUCCUAUUUUUCCUAUUUUCUCAAUCCUGAAUUUCCUAUUUUCCUAUUUUUUUGCAACCAUACUGCUGGACACCCUGUAACCCUCAUCUGAAACAUCUCCCAUCACACCCCAUUCUAAUCCAUACAAUGUAUAUCAUUUUUCUUUUUGUACGUGGGGAAUUUUAUGUUAAUUGUUUUAUUAAUAUUGUUAUUAUCAUAGGAUGAUUCAACAGUUCAAUAGUGAUUUUGAGAAAGCCAUUGAGGGAUCUGGAGAUCAAAUUGAUACAAAGGAACUUUCAGGUGGAGCCAAGAUAAACAGAAUAUUUCAUGAGCGAUUUCCAUACGAGUUAGUCAAGGUAAAAUGGCUGUUAGUAAAAUAUUUAUGCAAUGUAACUUAGAAGUCAAUAUAAGAAGUUCCAAAAGGAUUCUUAAAAGUAAAAUAAAUAAUAAUCUGAAGGGGAAGAUCCAGGUAUUUUUGUUUGGGGGCCAAAACUUUGGUUCAGAAAGGACUGUUGAAUUUUUUUGUGGCAAAUUACUUCUCACAGAGACGGCCACGUGGUUUUAUCUAAUCUGUGAAUGCCGGUGCCCGUUGGCGCGGGAAAUACUGCUUCGCGAGCAGAGCCGAACAGAUAAUAGGAGGGUACCCAAAAACAAUUACAUUUUUUGAUAUCCUCGAAAUUUACUGUAAUGGCAAAAUGUAAGGCGCGUUUCUUUAAAAAAAUAAGCCAGUUAAAAAGUGAUAUACAAUCCGGUCGAUGUAAGAAUUUCAGUCUCAAACAAGUGUCAGGUAUGAUAGGGGAUUCGGGGUCUCCCUGUACCCUCCCCUGUCGUUUUCGAACGGUAGCCGUUCAUAUGCCGUUUAUAAAGCGUUCGAACGGAAUAGCUAUCCGUUCGAACAGCUCGAGCUUUCUUCAUUAAAAUAAAAAAAAAUAUUGCAAUACAGUGUAUGUAUAGUGACAUACCCUCGAAUCCUUUUUUACAAUAACUGAGCGAUUCCUCAUGCUCUGAUUGGUGGAGAGUUUUGGUCGAUGACAAAUGACAUGAUGGUGGCGGAAUUUUUUUCUCUUUCUUUUAUAUGUAGAUGGACUAAAUAACAGUGAAGACACUGUUAUACAGUAAAUAGAAUAAACUAACAUAAAAGAAGGCGAGUUAUUGGAAGAAAGUUUCUCUUUUUCGUUCGCUCUCGUCUCAACUUUCUUGAGGAAAGCACGCGGAAACGCUUACUAUGCAGGCUAAGUGGGAUGAUGUAAUGCCCUGGAUGAAAUUAUAGAGCAAUUUCACUAACGUGGCCAGAAUCUAUGUUAAUUUAUUGGAACAAAAGAAGGUUUUUACAUAAGAAAAGAGUUCAAUUCCCACAGGGAUGUCUUGGUACACCAACAUGGCCGCCGUUUCAUUGUUUUCGAACACCAAUAUAACCGUGGCCGUGACGUCAUGUGAAAACAUUCUAUUGAGCUCCAUCGGGUGAAGCAGUGUUAGUCCUGGCAAAUAGCCCAUGUUUGAUAUAUUAAAAUUCUAACAUGACUCCGAGGAUUUCUGGUUAUUUUUAUCUAUAUUUGGUUUGGUUUUCUCUGUGCUCAAUUCUCUUUUGGGAGCCGGGUGAAAAAUUUGCAAUUUUGGCCCUAAAGCCUCGGAGUCAAGUUAGAAUUUUAGUAUAUAGGACAUGGGGUAUUGCAAUCGGGUGAAAAGACCUAUCCCCAGUUGUUCAAAAGGUGGAUAAAUCACUAUCCAGUGGAUAACGCAAUUUCUUUCCCUAGGACUUAUCCGAUAGAGUUUUAUCCGGUGGAUAACGCUAUCCUGCUUUUGAACAACCAGGGCCAGAUUCCAGAUUCUGUAUAGGACAGAAUUUCUGUAUUUCCCAAAUCUUCUCCAAAAAUUGCUGGUGAACAAGUUGCUCCAGACGCUUAUCACGAAAACCAGGCUAAAUAGAAAACUCGGAUCACAGAUUUGCCAAUUUUUUUUUAUUAAAUCCUGUUUUCUUUUUUGCUUUAGUAAAACUAGAGUUUUCGUUAUUUGAACUGCAUCCUUUCGACUCAUUUGAAUUCCUUUUUGAAACUUAACGAUAAUUUGGUGAUUGUUUGAUACGUUUUUUGUUCGCAUGUGAAUGCAGGGCUGGUCUGUUCACUCCUAACAUGGCAUUUGAAGCUAUUGUCAAGCGACAGAUAGAUAAACUCAGAGCUCCUGCUGUGAAGUGUGUGGACUUGGUUAUGUCUGAGUUGGUGAAUGUUAUCAAGAAAUGUUCUUCCAACGUGAGUAAAUUCCAUUUUAAUUUGUACAUUUGCUUUGGGGUACUGAGCAAAUAAAACAGUGUAUAAUUAUAUCUACAGGGCUGUGCCAUGAACGGCUAACUAGUUCCGUGAUUUUGUUUUCAAUGCCAAGGUUAUUUUCUUCCAACCAAGGUGUAAUAAAACAACUCAUAGAUUCGGUUUUUUUGAUAUCCGAAAUAAUCAAGGUCUCGGUAAUGGUUAUCAGCUUCGGCCUUCGGCUUGGCUGAUCACCCUGGAUAUCACUAAAACCUCGUCCAAUAAUGAUUUAGUAAUAGUUAUCAACACUCUUUUUGAAUUGCAGAUGGACAAAUACCCACUGCUUAGGGACCAAGUAAAGAAAAUCGUUGUGCAACAUGGAAGAAAAGGAGAGGCUAAAUCUAAAGACCAGGUACUGAUGUACAUAAUAUGCAGUGGUGUAUUUUUUUAUAUUAUUCGCGUGAAGCGUGAACGUGAGAUGCCCAGGGUGUGGUAGUUGGCAGCAUUUUCAAGAGUGGCGUGUGAUAUGUUUCAAUUCAAGGCUCACAAUGAAAUGCCAUUUUUUUUUUAAAUUUAGAUCUCGGGGGAGUUUCUUCGGUAAAAAUCUUUUGAGAAUGAAAGACGCGAGAAAACAGUUUCUAAGCAGUUCUCGGCGAGAACCUUUUUCUAUCCCAACCGACCAUGAAGAAAAAUAAAAUUACGUGUUUUGUUUUGCUGUCAAUUUUCAACAAUGCUUCUGGUAUUAUUUUGAAUGCUUUCACAAGAAGUCUUCCAUUCUUCUCUUCUUAGGUUAAAAGGUUUAUCGACAUGGAACUUGGUUAUAUUAACACGAAUCAUCCGGAUUUUAUCGGAUACGCAGAGUAAGUACAUUGUAAGAUUGUAAGGUAGACAUUUCAGUCGGUCAGAUACUAUUUUUAGCCAAUCAUAACAGUUCACAAUCGGAGGAACAUUUCUGUCAGCAGUUUUUCAGUGUGUAAAAAUGGGGUAUUUAGCUUCAAAUGGUCAUAAACUUUGCUGAAAAUGGGAUAUCGUUUUCAGAAAUGACGGCACAAUAAUGACCCAAAAAAUAGUGUCUGCAACAUUAAGAAACUUCUUAUAAAUCAUUUUAGAACAGUAUUCUCGAGUAUUUGAGGACAGUUUCCAAAUAUAAGCCCCCAGAGAGACUUUUUAUUAUAGGGAGAUUUUUUGCAUUUGGAAUUUAUGGGGCUUGUAAUCCGGGGGAUUGUAAAUUUCAAGGUGUUGGAGUGAAUCAAUCUUAAUGAAAGUUUCAGACAUUUUUAUAUACAUUUUGAAGAUUAUGUGAAGAGAUUUUAAAAAAAUUCGUUCGAGUCGUUCCAGAGAUAUACAAGAAAGCGCUAAAAGUCCUAAUUCUGAAUGAAGUUGCACUUAUACAGGUGGUGAGAAAACGGGUUAGUUUUCAAGAUCGCGGGAACGAAAGUACACCAAAAUUUCCUAGCAUCGAAAUAUGAUAUUUAGCAGCAUUUUGACGCUACAUAAGAAUAAUUUCAGUAUUUUAUAACGUAUUUUUUAAAAUAAUCUAUCACGGCUAUUAAAAAUUUAAGGUUUGAAAUAUAUUUUCGUUUUAGUCGAAUUAAAACAUACAGGAUUUUUUACUUCUUACGGAGAUUGUUUGCUAAACACCAAACUUUAAGUUCCUAUUGUUGGAUUUUCAGUAGCAGGUCUAGAUCGCACAAAAUUCGGCUUUUAUCAAUUUCAAAGUUUUUUGUUUAUUGUUGUCAUAGUAAUAUCGAUUUUACUUUAAACUACAUUUUCACAAAUUGCAAUCCAUAGCCAAUUACUGGUGAAAAUUUUAUAGCGACCGGACAAGGAAAAAAACACUUUUAAGGAGACUGAAAAAUGUCGGUAUGACCUCUGAAAAACUCUAUCGAAACACCUUACCAGCAGUAAAACGGCUGAUUUUUUUUUUUUUUCUGAUGCUACCUUAGGGCAUCAAGUAGCUCCGCUCCAGGCGAAAGAAAAGCAAAGACAACUGUAUCCAACCAGGUUUGUGCUUAAAGAAACCAUUCUUUGUUCAGCAGACUUUCUCACUUCUACGUCCUUUCACACUCCAGCGCUCAAUUCAAAGAUGCAUGCUAUUAGUUGUUAGCAGAGCCAAAAUUAUUGAUAAAACCAUCGAGCCCUAAACUUCGCAAGUUGCAAGUAAACACUCCCAGGGAGGCGAUGUGCACAAGAUUUUUCCUAAGAGCCACCAAAUGUGUUAGUUUGCUUUUAUUCAAUAAUCGUUUCUUAGUGAACGGGUACUAGGGCGUGUGCUGUUUGCCUUUAUUGUUUAUUUCAAGGUUGUGAUAAGUUGGUUAAAUAACAAUUAUUCACCGAAGUGGAGGUGGCUAGUCGUGGAUAUAUACCGACGUAAAUAUCCAUCACUCGCUACCGACACUGAGGUGAAUAGUUGUUUUAGUAUAUACUAAAACAGUGGCUAAUUGAGCAAAAAUGAUGAUUUUUAACUCAAAUACUGUUGCCAACGAUUACAAUUUUGGCGCGUAAUGACCGAACGGCCGCGGCUUCGCUUUUUCUAGCCGACAAAUAAAACUUUUGAAAGCAUUUGUUUUGCUCUUGCGGGGAAAUUUCUUCAAAAGGAGUUGUGAAUUGUUUUUGUAUUUAAAAUCAUUGUGUAAAAAAAUAUUAUUAAAUUUAGUUUUAAGCUUAUUUAUGAACAAAGUCAACUGCAUAAAGUAACGCAAGACUUAAGCCUAAUUUGCAUUUGUGAACAAGAAAAUUUUUCACCGGUUUUACCGAUAAAUUCGAGUCAAAAAGACAAAGCUUUACCUGUUAAAACUUCCAAACCGAACUUUGUCACCUUCUACGUGUAUUUCGGGAACAGCUUGCUUGAUUAAUUGUGAAAUUUCUUUGUUUGUUAUGGUAGCAAACCGGGAAGGCAUUUUUCUCGCAACUUACGCGAGUUUGGCGUCGCUCGCUCGGAGAAACUGGAAGUGAAUAGUGCAGGAUAUUCACUAAUUUAGUAGCCAAUGAGAGCGCACGAAAAACACUAUCCACCGUUUAGUAUAUACUAAAGGUGAUUAACAUUGGAAGCUCUCGAGAGCGGAGACCCUCGGGACAUGGAGUACUGGAGCAUGCCGCUUACGGGAAUUUGAAAAUACAGAGUUUGUAUAGGAGUCGAGAAAAAACGGGGUUUUGUGAAGGUGGCCGUAAGUAAAGCUGUUGUUCGCUUACGAGUGUCCACUAGAAAAGCUGUAUUUCUGUUGUUUCCCUCUUCUUCUGGUAAAUGUUUUAUACUGGAGCUGGCCGUUAACGGGAAUGUGAAAAUAAAGAGCUUAUAUAGUAAUAUGAGUGUGGAGAAAAAAUGGGGUUUUGUGAAGGUGGCCGUAAGUAGAGCUGUUGUUCGCUUACGAUUGUUCUCUUGGAAAGCUUCCACAGUAGUUCUGUUGUUUUUUCUCUCUUCUUCUUCUUCUUCUUCUUCUUCUUCUCCUUCAUUUUUUUCCUUUUAGGUGAUCAGAAAAGGCUGGCUCACGAUAAGCAAUGUUGGAUUUAUGAAGGCUAUCAGCAAAGAAUACUGGUUUAUACUAACAGGUUAGUAUCCUAUUUCACAACACUCAAUUACUCGCGCUCAUUGUUAUUAAGAUAUGGCAAAAUUGAUCGAGCGCCCUCGAGGAGGUGGAAACUGUAAUCGAUUCCCGAUCUAAACACGAAUUUUUAGCAAAAAAAGGGUUGGAGAGGGUGGGCCGUUCCACCUUCCUCCUUGGCGCUGAUCAGAGACCGAGGGCCUCUUCAUAUGAGCCCGGUUGACGGGGCUGGCCCGGUUUCCGAGAUCUCGCCUCACCUUUAAAUCCUUUGUAAAAUUUUCGAUGUGUUCAUAUGAGAAGGCGGGCUGGCUCGGUUCCCGAGAUCUCGGUAAGCAGGCUGGAAAUUUUGCCAUAUGAACACUUCAUCCCGCGGCGGUUACCGGGAUGAACGGCCGGAUGAAUUCUGGCGGUCCGGAUGGCAUCGUCUUGCAUUGCCUGCUGUAUUUUUCCACAUCAUAAGCAUCCCAUUUAACUGCAGUGAUACAGCUUUAAGAGUUACCGAUGCUAAGAGAGGCUCCAAAGUUAAAAUUUUUGUGUUUCGCUAUGUUAGCUUUCUUUCCUAAAUUUGGCGCCAGAACUCGUACCCAGGAUCUUUGACCUUUUCUCAUCUCGGAAACCGGGCUGAAAUUUCUCAUAUGAACCCAAGGCAAAACUCAUCCCGGUAACCGAGCCAGCCCGGUCAACCGGGCUCGUAUGAAGAGGCCCUGAGCGGAGAGGGAGUGCUCAACGGCAUUUAUUAUUGCCCCUUGGGAAGCAUGGCCCCGUGCACCUGCAUACCCUUGUGCAUGAGACUUGUCAUUUUAAUGGUUUGGCUUCGUUCUUCGAUUUGGAGUAUUGUGAAUGGUUGGAGAGACUUCAGGCUGGUCAUUUAAGCAAAGCCUAUGUUAGAGCGCGGGUUCAAGAUACGCAGUAGGCCUCGAAAUAUGCUUUAAAAGUUUUUUUUUGUAAAUAAUAAAUGGUAUUCUUGCUGGAAUGUAAGACUUCUUGAGACUGCCUUCUUUACAUGACUCAGAACGCGGUUUUGUUAAACACCGUUAAAACUAGAUCGUCUAACAUUGUACUUAUAAAAUGCUGUACAUGAUAUUGGCUGGCUUUAAGUCUUUGGCAUUGACAAAAUAUUGUUUUAUUGCAUGGUUACUGAUUCUCUCUUUGAUUGGCCAAAAAUUUCCCGCUGCACUGCUUUUGCCAAAAACAAUUGGAAAAGUCCUAACCGUGGCUACAAGUUGUUACAUCGAUACGUGAUUCGUUCAUUUUUUGUAGCCAGGACUUGUGCUGGUUUUACGGCACUUGAUUGAAAGGCGUGUGCUUAGAAUAUGAAUAUUUAAAGCGUUUCAGUUAUUUUUUCUGGGAGCCUUUUGCACCGAUUUCAUUCGACUUUUUGUCAAGUCACCUAGACAUUUAAGUCUGGUGACAAGUUGUUUUGGAUUGGUGUUCAUAAAGUUACUUCUACUGCUUCGAUCAAGAUUUCGCGUUGAGAAUCGAUGUAGGCAUGUACCGUAUUUACUCGAUUAGCGCCCAACCUCGAAUAAGAGCCCACCUCGAAGCACCCACCCUGUGGGUAGGAAAGGUUACUGAGCGUCAGUAAUCACGGUAAUAUUGUUCACAUAUCAAUACUUAAAUUGCAUUCUGGAGUUCUGAGUUGAUGCCGGUUGGGUUGAGAAGACCUCCGUUUUUAUCCUCACUCUUAACUUUGAGCAAACUUUAUGUCCUGGCGUUAGUAUAAUGUCCAUUUCAUUUUCAUCUUAUUUUGUUUUUUUAUUUUUAGCCGAAACACUUUGCUGGUACAAGGACGAUGAGGUGGGUUUCAAACUCAAGAUACUUGAGUUCAUGUUACAGCGCACGUUUCAGGGAUGAAGUGAAAGGACAAAUCUUUUUUGUGUAGUUAUACUUCUGCAUUUCGGGAACGCAAACUAUUUUUGCGGGAAAUAUACCCCCUUAACAUGUGGCAGUUCAAAUAACUAUCGGUUAAGUAAAAUGUUGAGAGGCCAUUUUUACGGUUUUACAGCGCUUCUCUGCAACUGUAUCAAGACUAAAUUGGCAAGUCAGAGACAGGAUUCUGUCUCCCCACUACACGUCCCUGUGACAUGUCUGGUGUGCGUGUACUUACUGUUACAAUUGGCUUCGGCGUGUCCUGCAGCAUGACCUAGCGUGUUUAUGGAGCGUAUUCACAUAACGUCGCUUGCGGCCAUAUUGGUGUUCGAAAACAAUGAAACGACGGCCAUGUUGGUCUACCAAGAAAAUCCUGUGAGAGUUGAACUCUUUUCAUAUGUAAAUACUUUCUUUUGUUCCAAUGAAUUUGUAUAGAGGCUGGCCACCUCAGUGAAUACGCUCCAUUCUUCUAGAAUUCGCCACUUUAGAAGCGACCACAGGACUGGUGCCGAAAUGUGUGUCGCAAUUAUUUCUGAGAUUCUUACUUGGGGACGCGCGGGUCAGCUAUUGGUCAAUUUUUUUCCCUGUCUUAAUUUUCAGCCCCAGAAGUCUUUGCGAAAGUUAAUUCGACCCAGCUUCCUACUCGUUUCGUAUUGCGUUUUAAGACGUGUAACGGGUCCGGGAGAACUGCCAGGGAGCGCUCUAAUUGGUUUAGCUAAACGAGAUAAACACGCAGGGCUUUUUCGGUCGGUCUAGCGGACGCGCGAGGGAGAGCAAACUUCCUUUUGAGGCCAUCCAUUUUCAGCAUUCCCUGUUAGUCAAUUGUACAAACAUCAGAAAGUCUUUUAGCGGGCGCGUGUUUAUUUCCGGGAGUUGUUUUGGUCCCAAAGAUACCAAACCUCACCAUCAGUAUAACGAGUUCAAUUCACGGACAGUUCUCUUGGUCCCAGAGAUACCAAACAUCUUACACUCCCUACCUCUAUAAUACUUUCAUCUCUCUAUUACGGAGAGUUGUCUUGGUCCCAGAGAUACCAAACCUCAUACAAUUCCUAUCUAUAACAUGGAUAUCAGUUUAAACUCAUUAACAAAGAUAAGACAAGCGUGGGGGAAGAGCCUGAAAAGUUGGUAGAGCAAGAACCAAAGCCAAGAGCAACGCGUAACCAUGACAACCCUGUGAGUGGCAACCUCUCGGGCACUGUCACAUUUCUAACCAGUGUAUCCUAGAAUACUUACCAUAUACUUACCAAAGGGAGGGCAGGGAAGGGAGCAAACAGGCUAACAAGCUCGAGUACAGAGAAGCAUCGUGAACAUAAUGGACUGACCUCAGCCAAAAAGCUGUAAAACCCAAAGGCCCCUGCGAAGCCGUAGGGCGCCCCUGAAAUUCACAAGAGAGAGACUGCUGGCCGAGUUGGUCUAACUGAUUUCAUUUAGCCACAUAUAAAACGGACCCUUUGGUACCAAUAUUAAAGUCUGACUCCUUUUGCAGCGGAAAGACUGACAGCUAAACUAUGAAACAAAUAGCAUAUAGCCAGGUUCUGGGAAAACCCAUUUAUGUUUUAUAUUGUCUUCGAACCAGGAAAAAGAACAAAAAUAUCAGUUGGGAUUGGAUGGCGUACGAUUGCGUGAUGCCGAAGCCGGAUUCAUUUCGCGCAAGCAUGGUUUUGCUAUCUUCAAUCCGGAUCACAAGUGAGUCUUAAGUUCGACGAAUGCUUGUUUAUUGAACAAAGAGACCUAGAGCCUGUAGAACUACUGUCACAGCUGUCUGUCGUAAUUGUUCAUUUUCUGAUACGUGACUUAAAUGGCCCCUCUGACUGAUUUAACUCUCAGCAUUAUUUUCAUGUGAUGAACACGAUGAGAUGGUCAAUAUUUUAUACCUGAAACCGCACAGAUGAGUCAAGAAGUGCAGUGUGGAAUUUCUCUCUCAUAUAUUUACUUCAUUUAUGGCUCGAAGUUGUGAGGUAUGCUUUCUGGUAGUCGUUAUUGACGGUGUAUAAUCUGAGAUUGAGAUUGCACAAGCAAAAUAAACAAUUCCUGUUGAAUUUUUCGAUUCCAUUCCUCCAGAAUAUCUCAAAGCAGACCCAUCUAAGGUGUCAAAAAAGCGGUAGAAAUCAUUUCGAACAAUGGUUUACAAUAGCAUGAUUAUCACUGUCAAAUUAAGCGGAAAAACUAACUGCCUCAAACUUUUGUGGGAAUCGAACUGGAAAAAAAUGUAUUUAGUGUAUUUUAUCUGUCACAUUGCCUUAGAAACCUGUUUAAAGAUUACAAAAGUCUGGAACUGACUGGAGAAAACCAAGACGUCGUGGAUAGUUGGAAAGCUUCUUUCUUACGCGUGGGGGUCUACCCAGAAAGGGUAUUUUCAGAUGAUAAAAGUCUGGUGAGUUCCAUACGUCUUAUUACUGAUAAUGUUUGAGUGGGGUAAAAAACAAACACGUGAUGAAAUAUAUAAUGUGAGCAAUUUUAGCUAAUUUUAAAGUGGUUGAUAGAAUUUUGUGCUCACAUAAAAUUGGCCGACGCGGAAAAUACCAUAAUAUUCUUUGUACUGCCGUUUGGGUAGUGCGUCAUCAAACCUGACUUUUGCUUUUUCUUUUCUUCUUUUCGAAGAGAAUAACGACAAACAUAUCGUCGAAUGGAACAUAGUUUAACAUUGCUCUUGGAAAUCAUGCAUUGCUCGCGCAACCUACGGAUUAGUCAGUUGUUUGUUUGCCGACAACUAACUAAUCUGUUGGUUUGCGCUGAUUUCCAAAAUUAGUUGUAAGCUUUUAGCCAAAGAGAAGACAGUGAGUACCAACGGAUAAUGAUCCACGUGAUCUAGAAUAUAGCGAGGCGCAAAAUAGAUCUUUUUUCACGGUUAAGAAAAAGCCCCUGAAAAAGCUGUGCGGGGCAGCUAAAAUGGUGACAAAGAAAAGAGUUCGAUGAGAGACCAUUACUGCUCCUUUCGGACGCAAUUACCUUAUUGUUCAUACAUUCCGCAUUUUUUCUUCCGUAUCAUUGUCACAUUAACUUUUUCAAUUUUUUUGUUCUCAGCAAGUUGAGAUAGGUACCCUGGACCCUCAGCUGGAACGACAAGUGGAAACUAUACGAACCCUAGCCGAUUCUUACAUCAGGAUUGUCAGCAAGACAAUACGGGACCUAGUGCCUAAGACUGUAAUGUUCUUUGUCAUUAACAAUGUAAGCUGCCUUCCUUGCUUUACUUGAAUACGAUGAUGUCAUAAAUUAUUCCGGUAAGGGAUACUAUCGUAUUUUCGCGUGUACGGACGAAAGCGAUUUGAAUACGCUACUUGUGGAUGCGUAUGUUGUCGAAUACGGAAAACAAUUUUCUCCGUUUUCAAAAAUAUCCGCCAGAUACGAGUGGACGAGGCCUAACGUCUGACCUGCCCUCUUCAGUGCUAGUUGCAAAUUUACUAUUAGGUUUCUUGUAACUAACAGUGAAGAAGGCAGAAAUGCAUUCUAAAUUAAAACCUGUUGUUUGUAACUUGUCAACCUGCUGCUGCGUACACCUUUUACUAUAUUUACAAGGCAAGUCACACAGUUUACAAAAGGCUGACUUGCUAACUGAAUGGAGGGUGGGUGAACGAGUAUGGGGAUGGAUAAAUUGCAGAUACUGAACUGUUCCCCUCAGGGGCGACAACCAUAAGUGAAUGUCUUCUUUGCUCUGUCUUACAUUACAGGUAAAAGAUUUUAUAGGCCAAGAGUUGCUAGCAGAUUUAUAUUUGACCGAAAAAGAGGUGAGAGAAAGUUAUUGUGAACAGCUUUGAUUCACGUUUGAAAUACGUUUGGCAGAUUAGUACUUUUUCCCUGGAAUUGUGUCAAGGUAUUUAAUGUACUCACUCCUCAGACACAACGGAAUAACGUAGAAUUCAGUGCUGUGGUGGAAGUGCGCCAUCAAAUAUCCGAUAUGUUCACCCUAUGCCGAAGAGCUUUUCGUGCCGUCACGAAAAGCUCUUUGGUAUAGUAUGAAUACCUAUCCAAUAAGUGGCUCUCCACUUUAGAGAUCGGUGCGGCGCAGCUUCGCUCCGUUACAGAAAUGGCGUCAAAAUCACCUUUCUUGUGCGUGAACAGAAGCGUUAUCCGGUAUGUUUAUUUGUGCCGGCGCAAAGGCUCUCCGGUACAGUGUGAACAGAGCCUGAGCCUAAGCCUGAUCAAAUUUUCACUGAAAUUUACCCCGAUAAUUCGAAUUCUCCGCUAACUCGAAAUGUUAACUUUUUCGUUUCCCUUCAGAGUUCGAGUUACCGGGGUUCUACUGUAUAUCUAUGGUAAUUUAAUCUCACCUGUGUUUCCUCGUCUUGAGUUUUAGAUUCUAGGAAUGUUACGAAACCACGAGGAAGACGGUAGUGAAGGCGUCUGCGAAAAAGUGAAUUCAGGUUCUUUCCGCAAUCUUCAUCGCCAUUUUUCAAUUCCGUGCUGAAUUCUGCUGCGAAAUCUCAGUUCAAAAAUAGAGAGAAAAUUCGUUUUCUUGUGUUCACAUUUCCAUUGACAGUACCUCUCAUUAAGAAAUUUCACGCCGUAUUUGUGCACGGGACGGAAAAGAAAUGUACCAAAAAGUGUGGUGCACGUGCAGAGUAGUGGUUUUGCACAAGUUGAUGUUUUUUAAGGACGGAAACACAGCGACAAAAGUUGUCUUUAAUCUACUUUCUAAGAAUUCAACUUAUGGAGAAUUCGCUUACAUUUGAUAACCUUAGGCAGGUAAACUAAUGACGAUGAAAUUUGAAAGACUGUGAAUGCAUAUUACAAAAACCGUUUUAGCUCCCGUCCCCGCCUUGGGCCAAGGCCAAACGUCGAACUUUUCAUGAGACGAACCAAACUUAGUGAGUUAAAUUCAUGAAAAUUUCGACGUCUGGCUCAGUUAAGUUCGUCUGAAAGAACUUUAUCAAAAUUGCUUAUUGGUCUUAUUCAGUUUGAUUGGUUAGAUGCGAAGUUCGACGUCUGACCCAAAAGGCGAUCUUAACUUAAUUUAGGUCGACCCAAAUUAGAGUUUGGUUCGUCUAAUUAAAAUUUCGACGUUUGGCCCAGGCCUUAGUUCCUUGAACACCCGAUCGGCGCACGUAUGUUCCCUGUGUUAAUAGAGCGCUUUAGACUUGAGGACGAGAACGAGUACGAGACAGUACGAGAUUUAACUAAAAGUUUUUUCGCGUAAAGACAGCCCGAAAGCUUCAUUUUCCUUUUUUUUCACCAAAAACGUUAGUACAGUUAUUUAUACUGAAGGAGGUUAAGUCCUCUCUCCAUAGCAAAAUGAUAAAACUUCUUAUCUUUGAUAACCUGUUCCCGCCACCCUGAGACUCUCGCCAAAUCUCGUAGUAAAGUGACGACGGCUAUCGCGUUUUCCCGCCCAAAUGACGCUGGUUCACGCGUCAGCAAUACUCAGUAUUGAGAAAAUCUCGUACUAGUAGUCGUCCUCGUCUCAGAAUCUAAAGGUCUCUAAUUAUGACUGUUCAUGGCUCAGAAUGACCUGAUGCAAGAAAGCCAGGCCGAAAUAACUCGCCGACAGGAGGUGUUGCGCAUGUUUCACAGCUUAAAAGAAGCUCUACGGAUAAUCGGCGAGAUAGACGCCACCACCAUUACCACAGCACUGCCGCCGCCUGUGGAUACGGGAGACCUGGACUCAACUGACUCAUACAAACCUCCAAGGUUUGACAAGUAGUUUUCUCUUGAAAUAGAAUUUUUAUUCAAAUCCUUGUGUUACUGCCAAAAUGUGAUGACCGCACACUUGAUUAAAAAAAACUGCCUUACAAGUUUGUUACGUUACAGAAAAUCUAUUUUUCAACCAAACAUCGUUAUUUUACACUCCCUGCCCCCAUCCUUUCCCCUCCCAGGUUCGCCCAGGUUGUGUUUGAUCGUACGCUGAUUUCCCGAAGAAGUGGAAAAAAUUGUUUUUUUUUUUGAAAUGUGUGUAUAUGCCCGCUUUUAGUUGUUGUUGUUGUGCGUUUUGUUUCUCCGACUUAAAAUGGUUUAUAGGCAAUAUCUGGCAAUCUGUAUCUGAGUCUCAUUUGAUUCGUACCACUAAAGUCUACUUUUGUAGUACUCCAUAGAUUGCAAGUCUGUGACUUGCUUUUAUAGUGCUUGUAAGAACUUUUCCAGUGCACUUGUAAUUGUUUUUCUUUCUUAAGGGGAAGCAGACAGCCGCCUCCACCUCGACCGUCCUCGGGUGCAAAUCUCACACCAUCCUCACGCUCGUCCCGUCCCGUCCCCAGCGUGCCAUCAAGACCCGACAGUUCUCCAACUGUACCAAGGUGAGCAGUGCAUAUUUUACCACGCUCAAAUGACUGAAAAAUCAUCUUUCUCUUGUAUUCACGAGGUUCAAAAUUCACCAUCACAUCUCUAUCAUUGCGCAAAAGCAAAUAUCGACAUUCUUGUCCUAGCACAAGGUUCGUACAGGUCAUGGAAAACAAGGAGAAUCAUGGAAUUUAAGAAUUUCAUUUUCCAGGCCUGGAAAGUCAUGGAAUUUAAUUGUCGGUCCUGGAAAGUAAUGGAAAAUUAAAGAUUUGUUCAAUAGGUAAUUUACUGCAGAUGAAAAAGCAAAGACAACGUUGAUCAAAGACGAGAAAUCAAACAGCGCGAACCGCACACAUUUUGGUGGACACCAGAGUUUGUGUCUGUUGAACUAAAACAAGGAGAGUCUAUAAGGUCCAGAAAAUCUGAAAAAGUCAUGGAAUUUGAAGAGCUCAAAAGAGUAUGCAGGAUGUUGUCACAGGAACCUUGUUUAGACGCCUUAGCUGCCACGAGUCUCCUGUAUCUUAGCGGUAGAGCAUCUGGACUAGUAACCAGAAGAUAUAGGUUCCGAGUCACUGACUAAAUAACAUCUUUCCAAUCAGGGUUCGCACAGUCUUGAAAGGUCCUUGAAUUUUAGGGAAAGUCCUUGAAAAGCCUUUAAAUUUCUGUGCUUGUCCUUGAAAAUUCCUUGAAUUUUCUUCAACUAAUAAUGUGGUGGCCUGGAAAGUGUUUUUUGAAAUUGAUUUUUGGUUUUCCAUGACAAUAUGUAUCAUGCUCAGAGACGUUUAAAGUGAUUUACGUAAAGCAUUUUUUGUUUUAUGCAAGAAUUAACUAUUAAAUUAAGACAAGUAAACUGAAAAAUGUAGACAAGUUGGUGGAGGAAACACUUCAAUCCUUUAUAGUCCUGUUGGAAUGGAAUGAGAAUGUGCAUUUUUUUUACAAUGUACGAAAUUACAUUCCUGGUAGGUGGUCCUUGAAAAUCGAAUGUGGUCUUGGAAAAGUCCUUAAAAAAUGGUUGCAAUUAUUUGUAUGAACCCUGUUCCAUGUAUUCUCCUUGGCUUAAAAUUCUCAAUCACUUUUCUAUUAUUACGCAUAAGCACAUAUGGACAUUCAAAUCCUAGAAGUAUGCAGGAUAUUUGUCACAUGGCCUGAGGUCCCAUGAGUCUCCUAUAGCUCAGUGGUAGAGUAUCUGGGUCAGUAACCAGAAGGUCAUAGGUUUGAAGCCAAUUAGGAGUACUCGGAUUUUAUUCUUUCGAGCUACUUGUGUCGUUGAUUAAAAAAACAAAUCGUCUUUCUCAAAGAAAAAUACUUCAAAGCGAAGGUCGAAUGAAUGGGACUAAAAUCAUAAGGUACUGCGAACUUUAACAGCAGUCUGGAGGAAAAUAAGUUGCAUCUUUUUGGACUCCGAUGCCUUUUAGAUGUCCGUAAGAGCGAAUACUUGAAAAUGCUAUACCUUCUUCCACACAUAGCAGUAACUUGUGGACGAGAACUAACAUUUUACGGGUCAAUAAAAAAGGAUCUGAUGUGAAAUGCCUCUGAUGUGUAACGUUUUUGUUCUUUUUGUGCCUAUUUCACCACAGGAGACCCAAUGCACCAGCAAAGCCAGCUCCUCCUUCUCCAGUACCUGGUCGGCCACCUGUGCCCUCAAGACCUUAAAUGUCAGCUGUGUCUUUGCAGUUCAUGAUAUGGAGCAUAAAG